UGUGCGUCAUCGUCUCAGAACAUCGAAUAUCGUCAAUUACAUCUGUAGUCAUUUCUCGCGUUCAAAACAGCAAGAAGAAGAAGGAAUGUCGUCACGGCAAGAGCGAGCUGAGCUUGACCAGAGGGCCAAGCAAGGAGAGACCGUCGUCCCGGGCGGCACCGGCGGCAAGAGCCUGGAGGCUCAGGAACACCUAGCUGAAGGGAGGCACCGCGGAGGGCAGACGAGGAAGGAGCAGCUGGGGACAGAAGGGUUCCAGGAGAUGGGACGCAAAGGAGGACUGAGCACCAUGGACAGGUCGGGAGGAGAGCGAGCUGAAGAAGAAGGCAUCUCCAUUGACGAGUCCAAGUUCAGAACCAGAAACCAGCAAAACCAGUAGAGAGAGAUCUGCAUGUUUGUGAUGUUCCUGCCUUAGUAAUAUAAGUAGUAACUCUAGGGUAGCUGCACGAAGUAAUAAGUUUGUGUCUUGUUUUAUCAGGACAUGGUCAUUGUGAUGUUUUAGGGUUUCAAGUUUCUCUUUUGACCUUUAGUUUGCUGUGUGUCUCAUGAGAAUGGAGGCAUCAACUAGCUAUACUGGAUGCAUGGACUUGAUCCCCCGAAUAAGCUUGGGGUCUUUAUUUUCAUGUCAUGUUUGUGUAACCUAACCUUGAAUAAUGGAGAAAUUUGUGUUUGCUCUGGUU